AUGGCUCCUCCUGAGUAUAAUGCCUUCUUCUCAGGGGCGUACAAUUACGGACUUCAAGUUGGUCACAACGCUGGGAAUGUUGAGACCCACCAUCACUACACCGCUGAGCGUCCCGAGACUCCACCCUGUCCAUCGCUAUCCAUUCCGUUCCUUCGCGACCCGGAUUUUAUUGACCGUGGGACGAUCCUAAAUCAGCUCCACCGCCGAUGUGCUGCGCCAGGGUCCCGGACCGUGCUGGUAGGUUUAGGUGGUGUCGGGAAGUCACAACUUGCGAUUCAAUAUGCAUAUGAAACCCACGAGCGAUCGCCUGAGACAUGGAUUUUCUGGGUCCAUGCUAGUAACGCCGCCCGGUUUGAGCAAAGCUACUGGGAGAUUGCAGACACUGUUAAGCUGUUUGGGCGACGCGAUCCCAAGGUUAACAUCUUUAAAAUUGUGCACGACUGGCUGCGAGAUAGCAAGAAUGGAAAGUGGAUUCUCAUACUGGAUAAUGUUGAUGAUGCUCAUUUCCUUAUCAACCGCCUUGAUGGUACUCAGGCUCAGGCUGGUCAUGAAAACGGCAGAGCGGACCGCCCUCUGCGAGAGUAUCUUCCACAAAGCCUGAAUGGGUCCAUUCUGAUAACAUCACGAAGCAAGGAAGCCGCAUUAAAGCUGGUGGACCAGCGCGAUAUUAUUGCGGUUGAGCCAAUGGACGAGCCGCACGCACGAGCACUAUUUGACAAGAAGCUGGGAAAGCAGGAUAAGAAGCAGGAUAAUAGCCAGGAUAUUUCUGAACUUGCAGCAGCGUUGGAGUUUAUCCCGCUUGCCAUGGUCCAAGCCGCAGCAUAUAUUUCUGACCCGGAUCGAGGUUGUUCGCUACGGCAGUAUCUCAACGAGUUUCAGAAAAGCGACCGCAAGAAGUUCCGUUUAUUGGACCACGAAGAGGGCCAGUUUCGUCGAGACUGGGAGGCCAAGAAUUCGGUCCUCACGACAUGGCAGAUCUCAUUUGACAGCAUACGCCAAAACCGACGAUCAGCAGCCGACUUACUAUCGCUUAUGAGUUUCUUCGACCGUCAAGGGAUUCCCGAGGCCCUUCUUCGUGAUCACGGCAGGCAGGAAAUUGCAGAGCUAAAUGAGGGUGAUGAUGCAGAAGAUAGUCAAUCUCAAUCUAGCAUAGUGGAUGAGUUCCAAGAUGAUAUUCUCAUGCUGCGAAGAUACUCCUUGAUCUCAAUCAAUGUGGACCGAACGACCUUCAAUAUGCACAGCCUGGUGCAGCUAGCAACACGGAGAUGGCUAGAAGCGAAUAGCGAGCUGGAGAAAUGGAAACGGCAGUAUAUCCAGAAUCUCAAUGCACAAUUUCCCACAGGAGAGUAUGAGAAUUGGACACAGUGUCAAGUGCUUUUCCCGCAUGCAAAGUCAGCGGCCCUCCAGCGGCCACAGGAACGAGACUCAUUACUAGAGUGGGCUGCCGUGUUGUACAAGGCCGCAUGGUAUGACUGGCGAAAAGGCAAUGGGGCUGAGGGUAAGCAGCUGUCGGUUAAAUCGAUGAAUGUUCGGAAGAAACUCCUAGGUCCAGAACAUGAAGAAACGUUGGCUGGUAUGCAAAUGGUGGGGUCAAUAUACUUGCUUGAGGGUCGAUGGAAGGAGGCGGAAAAGCUGAAUGUGCGGGUGAUGGAGAUGAGUAAGAGAGUGCUGGGUGCAGAGCAUCCUGACACACUGAAUAGCAUGGCCAACCUAGCAUUGACGUACUGGAAUGAAGGACGAUGGAACGAGGCGGAAGAGCUGAACGUGCAGGUGAUGGAGAUGAAUAAGAGAGUGCUAGGUGCAGAACAUCCUAACACGCUGAUUAGCAUGGCCAACCUAGCGGCAACGUAUAGGAACCAAGGUGGAUGGAAAAAAGCAGAAGAGCUGGAGGUGCAGGUGAUGGAGACGAAUAAGAGAGUGCUGGGUGUAGAGCAUCCCAACACGCUGUCCAGCAUGGCCAACCUAGCGUCAACGUAUAGGAACCAAGGACGAUGGAAAGAAGCGGAAGAGCUGAUUAUGCAGGUGAUGGAGAUGAGUAAGAGAGUGCUAGGUGUAGAGCAUCCUGACACACUGAACAGCAUGGCCAACCUAGCAGUGACGUACAGGAAUCAAGGACGAUGGAACGAGGCGGAAGAGCUGAACGUGCAGGUGAUGAAGAUGAGUAAAAGAGUGCUGGGUGCAGAACAUCCUAACACGCUGAUCAGCAUGGCCAACCUAGCGUCAACGUAUAGGGACCAAGGUGGAUGGAAAAAAGCGGAAGAGCUAGAGGUGCAGGUGAUGGAGAUGAGUAAGACAGUGCUGGGUGUAGAGCAUCCUAACACGCUGUCCAGCAUGGCCAACCUAGCGUCAACGUAUAGGAACCAAGGUGGAUGGAAAAAAGCAGAAGAGCUGGAGGUGCAGGUGAUGGAGACGAAUAAGAGAGUGCUAGGUGUAGAGCAUCCCAACACGCUGUCCAGCAUGGCCAACCUAGCGUCAACGUAUAGGAACCAAGGACGAUGGAAAGAAGCGGAAGAGCUGAUUAUGCAGGUGAUGGAGAUGAGUAAGAGAGUGCUGGGUGCAGAGCAUCCUGACACACUGAACAGCAUGGCCAACCUAGCAUUGACGUACUGGAAUGAAGGACGAUGGAAAGAGGCAGAAGAGCUGGAGGUGCAGGCGAUGGAGACAAGGAAGAGAGUGCUAGGUGCAGAACAUCCUAACACACUAACUAGCAUGGGCAACCUAGCAGUGACGUAUAGGAAUCAAGGUCGAUGGAAGGAGGCAGAAGAAGUGAAUGUACAGGUGAUGGAGGCAAGGAAGAGAGUGCUGGGUGCAGAGCAUCCUAACACACUGUCCAGCAUGGCCAACCUAGCAGCGAUAUACUGGAAUCAAGGACAAUGGAACGAGGCGGAAGAGCUGGAGGUGCAGGUGAUGGAGACAAGGAAGAGAGUGCUGGGUGUAGAGCAUCCCGACACGCUGUCCAGCAUGGCCAACCUAGCAGUGACGUACCGGAAUCAAGGACGAUGGAACGAGGCGGAAGAAAUAAAUAUGCAGGUGAUGGAGACAAGGAAGAGAGUACUGGGUGUAGAGCAUCCUGACACGCUGAACAGCAUGGCUAAUCUGGCGACGAUAUACUGGAAUGAAGGACGAUGGAACGAGGCAGAAGAGCUGGAGGUGCAGGUGAUGGAGACAAGGAAGAGGGUACUAGGUGCAGAGCAUCCUGACACACUGAACAGCAUGGCCAACCUAGCAGCGACAUACAGAGAUCAAGGACGAUGGAACAAGGCGGAAGAGCUAGAGGUGCAGGUGAUGGAGACGAGGAAGAGGGUACUAGAUACAGAGCAUCCUGACACACUGAAUAGCAUGGCCAACCUAGCAGCGACAUACUGGAAUCAAGGACGGUGGAAAGAGGCGGAAGAGCUGGAGGUGCAGGUCAUAGAGACAAGGAUGAGGGUACUAGAUACAGAGCAUCCUGACAUGCUGAUCAGCAUGGCCAACCUAGCAGCGACAUACAGAGAUCAAGGACGAUGGAACGAGGCAGAAGAGCUAGAGGUACAGGUGAUGGAGACAAGUAAGAGAGUGCUGGGUGCAGAGCAUCCUGACACGCUGAACAGUAUGGCUAAUCUGGCGACGACAUACUGGAAUCAAGGACGAUGGAACAAGGCAGAAGAGCUGGAGGUGCAGGUGAUGGAGACGAGUAAGAAAGUGCUAGGUGUAGAGCAUCCCGAUACGCUGUUUAGUAUCGCCAACCUGGCGACGACAUACUGUAAUCAAGGACGAUGGAACGAGGCAGAAGAGCUGGAGGUGCAGGUGAUGGAGACAAGGAAGAGGGUACUAGGUGCAGAGCAUCCUGACACCCUGUCCAGUAUGAACAACCUCGCCUUCACUUUGAAAGAGCAAGGCCGCUACGCGGAAGCUCUUGACUUACUGCAAAAUUGCGAACAGCUACAGAUGAAGAUUUUAGGCGGUGGCCAUCCCGAUACCCUAUCAUCCUCUGCGGCAUUGAUCGGUUGGCAGACUGAGAAAUUGGAGAUUGAUAUGUCAGCAGCCAAUGACACUCACGGAUAG